AUGAACAAGUGUAUCCCAAUACUUACUCAAAACAUUCUGCUGAGGACAACUGAUUUAUGCAUCAGGGAGAGAAAACUCGCACUUCGCUUUCUGGAGAAUAUAAGGGAUAUGACAACUAACAUUGCAGAAAACAAAGAAAUUAAAAUUAAAAAUGUAGAAGAAUUAAAAUUGAAAAGUUUAAGAAGAAAUAAAAGUGCCGUAAAAGGUGAUAAUAACGAGGAUGUGUAUAUUCUUAAUGGAAAAAUAUUAUAUGCACAAAAAAAUAAAAAGGAAAAAACUGAAUUUAAAGCAAAACAUACUUUGAAAAGAAACAAAUCUUUAGAUACAUCAAAUAAUUUAUUUUAUGCCAAGUUGAAUGACAAUUUGAGGUUAAAUAAAUCCAAAGAUUUUAUAAAACAGGAAUUUAUGUUAAAGGGUUCUGAGGAAUCAAGUGAGAAGAUUUUUAAUAAUUAUGCAGGAAGGGAGCCACAAGACAGUUGCUAUAACUAUUCUUUAAGCAUCAGCAAUGGUACUACCUCUACAUCUAGGACUAUGAAUACUAAAAUUAAUGCUACCACAACAUCCGUAUUCUCUGCUAGUAGUGAUAAUAUUGUGAAUGAUAAAUACUAUAUAGAUGAAACAAAUGGAAUAAACCUUUUUUUGAAUAAACAAAAUGGGGAAUCGUUCACUGAUUUGAAUUUACAAAAUUGUGAUAAUUCUCAUUUAAUAGCACGUCUAAAUGAGGUUCAUAUAAAUCGGAAUUUAGCAAAUGUAAAUGCAGAGUAUUCCUUUACAGGAGAAGGAGAAAAAAUGAAUAAAGACAAAUUUGAAGCAUGUGUUGAAUUCAGUAAAUCUGUUAAAUCAUGUGAAUCUGCUAGAGCCAGUGAAUAUGCUAAUCCCAGUGAACAUGCUAACCCCAGUGAAUCUAUCAAACCCAUCGAAUUCAGAAAUCCUAACAGAACUAGCGAAUUUUCAAAUACUACGAAAUGUGACAGUAACAAUAAUAAUCGGAGAGGUGAUCCAAACGAGGACAACAUGAAGACGCCUCCAGAAAACAGCAGAAACGUAAAACAUGAUAUUUUUGAAAUUUUAAAUGAAAUUAAUUCUGAAAAACAUAAAGAAGAAAUGAAAAAAUUUUUGAACUCUCUUUUAUUAUAUAAAAAUAAUAAGUGCACAAGUUUUUUGGGAAAUUAUAUAAGUCUAUAUUUUUGUAACAUCCUAAGUCAAGAUUUGAAAGAUUUGAAAUAUUCCUAUUUUGAUGGAGUUGGUUUAUGUGUUAAUACUUUUUUUAGUGUUAUAAAAGAAUUAGAUGAAGAUCAAUUAUCCAAAAUGUCGAACAUUUAUUUAAAAGAAUACUUUUUAAACAUUUUCCAAAUUUUAAAAUCUCAUAAUUUGAGUUUACAUUUCGAGAAUUUAAAAAUAGAGAAUAUGAGACCUUUGUACAUUUACAACAUAUUAGGGUUAAUUAGAAAGGAGGGGAAAAGAACGAAAAAAGAAAAUAUAAAAAAAUUUUUAUAUCAAUAUAUUUGUGUACAAGAUGAAGAUUUAGCCAUUCUUAAAAAUAGCAAUAGAAUGAAAUUUUUAUCAAACAUAAUUAAAAAUGGUGUUACAACACGUAUGCACAUGUUAGUAACGGUCUCCUAUGAUAUCUGUGCAUACGAUACCAUUUCUUCAAGUUGUAUUACUAAAACGAAAUAUAAAAAUGUAAAUUUGGAAUUUAUACUGGAAAAUCAGCUUGAAAAUCCAUUUUUCUCUCUACAAUCCCCAGAUUCAAUAGAUCUAAAAUCGUCCGGAUGGUACUUGGUUGAUGUUAAUCAAAUAUUGAAAGGGAAUUUACCAUACGAAUAG